AUGAGUGAAGACAAGGUGUAUAUAUUGAUGAGAAGGUUGGAGCAGGAGAAAGCCCAGAUGCUGCAUGAUACCGAUGGGAUUACAAAGAGCACUGGAGGCCGACUACAUGUGUUCCCAAGCAGAGACGACCCAUUCACCUUCCAAGCCGUGAUUGCGGGGCCUCUGAACUCUCCGUACAGAAAAGGGAUCUUAACUCUCCAGAUAAAGGUUCCUGAAGACUAUCCCUUCGCGGCGCCGUCGUUCCAUUUCGAAACCAGCAUUUGGCAUCCCAACGUGGUGUUGGAAAGCGGCAAGGUGGUUCUUGAUUGCUUUACGGAUGCCUGGAAUCCUGCGUGGACUCUUCACAGUUUACUGCUUGCCGUAUUUGCUGUCAUGGAAGAUCCGAUUGUGGAUGAUUCACCUGGAAACGAAGACGCCGCGGAUGACUUUCGGGAAAAUCGAAUCCGGUUUGUAAACGAGGCCGAGUACAUGACGACCAUCUAUGCUGGUACUGAAAAAAGGGUGACCAGAUUUAUGGACAUGGGAUUCGACAAGGGUCACGCCCUUGCUGCCUUGGUUAGAUCCGAUUGGAAUGAAGAGUUGGCGCUGGAUUUCUUGCUGGGAGGGGAUGACGAAAUCACAGCUGAAGAACAAGUGCUCAUGGCUGAAGAACAAGCAUUCAUGGCCGAAGAACAAGCUCUCAUGGCUGAAGAAGAACAAGCGCUCAUGGAUGACGCGUCUACAGUUGAUGCCGAAAUGGAUGGUAGGGCUGAAGUUGAUUCUUCGCUGCACGAAGACGAGGCCCCGUCAACAGUGGUUGAGAAGUCGGAUGGAAGCCAGAGCGCGCUUUACCAUCAAGCAGAAGUAGAUGCGCCGCUGUACGACGACAAGGCCUCCCCUGCAUUUGUAGAGGUCUCGGCGAAAGCGCCAGUGCUCAUGGCUGAUGCAUCACUGCUCGAAGACAAGCCCCCGUCCACAAUUGAUACCGAAGUGGAUGGUACGUGUAGUGCUGAAGUGGAUGCACUGCUGCACGAAGAUGAGGCCCCGUUAACGGGGGUUGAGAAUUCGGAGGGAAAUCAGACUGUGCUUUACAAUGAUGCCAAAGUGGACAUUGAAAGCCCCAGCACUGGUGAAGAGGAUGCGCUUCUGCGCGAAGAAAAUGACCCCUCUACAGUUGUCGAAGUCCUAGCGGAAAGUCAACGAGCACACGACGACGACGACGAUGACGACGACGGAAGCAACCACGCUGGUCGGGAUGAAGUCGGAAGCUCAGGAGGCGCCACCGCUUCCUCGGCGGGUUCGUGGUCUUUUGUGGGAGAUCUCGUUGACCAAGAACUAAGAUCCUGCCAGGAUGGGUCCGAACAGACUGAAGAUUGGUUUGACCUGGGCCUUUGUGACAUGGUCUAG